AUGGCUGCUUUCUCCACAAAGCCUGCUAAACACUACAAUGUUCGAUCCAUUAGUUUGCCAACUAGAUCACAUCCAACCACACUUAGAGUUGAAGAAGAGCUUAACAAGCUUACGUCUAGGGAGAUGUACUCAUCUUCUUCAAAAGCAGAGAAAAUUUGGUCUGGUCUAUCUGGUCUUGGAGAGUUGUAUAAAUGUAUAGGUGAACUUUUUAGUUUGCCAAUGACCCAAGAAGCUCUAGCUCAACAUCAGAAUGAGAAAUGGGUCAAUGAAUUGCUAGAUGGUUUGUUAAGGUACUUAGACAUCUGUGGCAAUACUAGGGAGGCUAUUUUGUUAAUGAAAGAAAGUGUUCGUGAACUUCAAUCAGCUCUUCGGAGAAGCAAGUGUGGGGAGAUGGGUAUUGAAAGCAGUGUUACUGCUUAUAUUUGCUCUAGAAAGACAAUGAAGAAGGAAAUUGCCAAGUGUCUUGCAUCAUUGAAACAUGUGGAGAACAUAUUGGAAGCCUCUCCACUUCUUGAUACUCUUAAUGACCACCUCUACUUGGUGAUUGGAAUGCUUAGAAGAGCAAGUUUAAUCACAACUUCCAUCUUGAACUCACUCUUGUCAUUCCUCUCUGUGGCGCCAAUGCUAAAGCCAAAGCCUACGAGAUGGUCACUGGUUUUGAAGCUAGUGCACAAGAGGGUUGCAACAUGUGAAGGUCAAUGGGAAGUGAAUGAGUUCGAGAGUGUGGACGUCGCACUGAGCAAUCUGUUGGUGCAACAAUCAAGCAAAGAUGUUGAAGCAGAGAAGAUUGAACCUGCGCAUGAGAGACUGCAGGCUUUGGAUGCUAUUAUUGAAGGUUUUGAACAUGAAUUGGAAGGGAUGUUUAGGCGUUUGAUCCAUGCAAGACGGACAGUUGCUCAUUCUGUCUACUUUACUCGAAGCCAGAUUGACUCUGUCUGUGGCUCAAAACAUGAAUCGCAGAGGCUUCAACUCCUCCAAAUGGAAGGCCCAGAUGUUUUUGUUAGUCCUACCAGCUUACCUGUGAAACAUUUCCCAGUUCAGCCUGUCGAACCAAAUAAGCCAGCUAUCAGCCAAGAGGAGAGGAGGCAUGCCCAUGCUGAAGAUGGAAAUGUCUAUAAAAGGCACAGCUACAUUUCUCCUUCUGCACAUUCAGAUGUGAAGUUUGAUGAAUCUGAAUGUGAUGAAAAAAAUCGAAAUGGAAGAACCUCCUGCCAGCAUUUAUCAACCACCUGA